GCAACUGGUAUUACGAAGGCACAAAUCUAUUGAGGCUAUUAGCUUAAGCACUGUUUUGCACAAGGCAAAGUAGACGUUAGCUGCGGCGCAGCAAGAGGCUCCUAAGUCACGAGGAGCAAGCACCCUACUGAUGGACUGGACACAAGACUGGUCAGGCUUAAAGUGCGAUGGCAAACGCACGGUUACAAGGCGCCGCGUCGACCUGGAUUCUCUGCCACCAGAAAUUCUAGAAGUCAUAUUGUCCGAGUUACUCGCGACAGAUCCGCUGUUUGCGCGCUUCUUGAGAAGGGUCGACCAAGCCUGGGCCGCCCUCGCAAACCGACUGGUGACGAGCCUGCUAGUCCCACCCUGGCCAGCACCCUUCGACCUCGCAACACGCCUACCAAACAUCCAAUUCAUAUCCAUCAAUAUUUCCGACAUCCAGAUAACCUGCAGCGCCCAACUCGCCGCGCUUUUCGCUCAGCUCGCGGAGCUGCCUUCCCUGCUCUCGCUGGCGGCUUGCGGCGCGGGCUCGGACGCCGCCGCCUCCUUCUCCUGCCUCUCCCGCCUCAGCCGCCUCACCGCCCUCGACCUCUCCCACAGCGAACUACCCGAACUGCCCUCCACACUCUCCUCUCUCACCGCCCUGCAAGUCUUACGCGCAUAUGACUGCGGUCUCACACGCCUCGCCCCAGAUACCUCCACCGCUGCUCCCUCCACGGCCUCCGCCGAGGCCAGCCCUCCUCCCGCCCCGCUGCUGCCCCCCGGACUGCGCUCCCUGGAGUUGGGUGGCAAUCGGCUGUCCUCGCUGCCCGAUUGGGUGUCCCGGCUGAGCUGCCUGCGCUGCCUGCAGCUGGGAGACAACUGUCUAGCAGGGGCGGGGGCUCUAGAAGCGGUGCUAGUGGCGGCGGGGGAGCGGCUGCGAGAACUGGAUGUGAGCGGCAACAGCCUGGGGUCGCCCCCCGGGGGCCUGGCCUGCGCCGCCCGCCUCACCAAACUGGACCUGGCGGACUGCGACCUGGCUUCGUUGGAGGGCUGGGACGUGGGAGCGAUGAAAGAGCUGAGUCAGCUGAACCUGAGCGGCAACUGGCGUCUGGCUCACUGCCCCGCCGCCCUCACCGCUCUCACCGCACUCACGCAGCUCGACCUAUCCGGCUGCGGCCUGACCUGCCUGCCCGCCUGCCUUGGCGACUGCUCCCAGCUGCAGCUACUCCACCUCUCCGCCAACGACCUGCACUGUCUGCCCGCCUGCGUGAGCCGCCUGAGCUCCCUGCGCCAGCUACACCUUGACUACAACAGUCUCACAGCGCUUCCCUCCUGGCUUGCUGCCCUCUCCGCACUCACCUGCCUAGACGCUGCCGGAAACGCACUUCGGGAGCUUCCCCGGGAACUGGGACGCCUAACCGCUGUACGGCAUCUGGCGUUAGGCAGCAACCGACUGGCAGCGCUGCCGGCCUGUCUGUACGACAUGAGUGGGCUACAGGAGCUAGAUCUGUCGUGCAACCGCCUCGCCGCGCUUCCCGGCUGCCUGUGCUCCCGCCUGCCGCGGUUGGAUUUCCUGUCUCUGUACGGCAAUCAGUUGAGCCGCCUGCCGCCGCAGCUGACCCGCCUGCGCCGGCUGGCUUGGCUGGAUGCGGCUGACAACCGGCUGCAGGACGUGCCGCCGCAGCUGACCCGCAUGACGGCGCUACAGGUGCUGAAGCUGAGGGG